AGUUCACUGCCCAGAGUGUUAUUUAUUUUAGUAAAAUAUAACAGUUGGAUGUGCGUUUCUGUAAUUGGUCACAUAUGUGGCAUUUUCAAAUAUGCUUUAUUUAAAAAGUUUAUUUCCCCAGGCACUAGUUUUUAUUUUGGUGGAUUGGUUAUUGCACCACAUGUUUUGAAAAAGGCCUCGUUAAUUUCUGACUGGAAAGUGGUCCUGUAGUUUUCCAAGAGGUCAUUCAACGUUCAAAUGUUGUUUUGCUAUAGUAUAGUUGGAUUAGAUCAGUCUAACAACAGUAGAUAUCCAUGGUUUUGGAGUUAGACAUCCAAGCUGUUUAUCUGUUUCUUGUACUGUAUUAUGUCUAGACACAGUCAUCUGGGAGAGAUUUGCUUAGUUAUGUAAUGAACUGGAUUCUUUUGGGAAAAACUCCAUUCUUACAUCUGACUCUCUUCCAAAGUCUUCUCCAGAGGAAGUGAGCAAGAAAGUGUCCUGUUUAGAGGACGAGAGGUCCAAAUUCCUUCCAUGUGAGGAGACAGGACUCAGCUGGUAAUGAGACGUUCAUCAUUUUCCUGUCAUUCGGCCACUAUUGACUUCUACAGAACGGCAUGUUCCCAAGGGACAAAAGCGUAAAAACAAGUCUUGGACAAGAACAUGAAGCUCUAUUUAAAUGUUUAUGGAAGAGGGAGAAAGAGCUGUGUCAGUAAAACACAAAACGCCAUGUUAGCACAAAGAAUGGAAGUGGGAGGAAUGAAAAAAGAAAAGAAAAAUCCUGUUUGGGUAUAAAACUCUGAGGAACAAGCAGCUGAAAGAAAGCAAACAGAAAGAGAGAGAGAAAGAAACCAGGAAUCUUUUAGAUAAGGUGAAAGGAGGAGGAAAAGUAUCCGACAGCUGCAGAGAGGGAGGAGGCUAAAACAAAACAGAGCUGUAUAGAGGUGAAGGAUAGAGCGAGACAGAGUGGAAAGCGAUGUGAACGGAGGAGAGAAGGCUGCUGUUGAGUGAACAUCCAGAGUUGUGAACAUAUAUGCAGUAAAACAGAAGGGAGGGAUUUAUGAAGUGAAGUGAUCUGAAGUGGAGAUGAGUCUAACAGUGAUUCUGGCGGCUGUAGUGGGCUUCGGGGCUUUGUCUUCCUGUAACUCCGGCGAGAACACCACAGGACCGGCCAUCACAACAGCCGAUCUGUCUCAGGUGAGAGUGUUCAAUGAGGAGAUGGUCAGAGGACGAGGGGACACUCCUGACAUCAUAGAACCUGAACCCACCACUGCAGUCUCUGAAAUGGAGAGCACUUACAACUACAUCAUGUCUAGACUGGCAGCGAUGGAUCAGGCUAUCCACAGGCUCAAUGUGGGACAUUACACAUUGGACAUUAAAGUUACACAGCUGUUGGAAAGAAUGUCCCGACUUGAGAAUAGAUUAGGCGACACUGAGGAUGCCAUUCAAGAAGUCUCGUCCUACUGCAAGCACAAUCGCAAAGAGAUCGGACGACUAGAGGGCUGCCAGAAAGGCCGUAAAAUGGGUUACAAAUGCUUCCUGGCAUACCGUGUGUAUGAGACCUACACAGAUGCAUCCCAGAAGUGUCAGGAGCGGGGAGGACGCAUGGCUAUGCCACGAGAUCGCAAGGAGCAGGAAGCUUUGGCUGAAUAUGUGAAAUCAGUAUUCCACGGAAACUGGCCGGUGUGGCUUGGGAUCAAUGACGAGCGCUCUGAGGGCCUCUACCUGUUUGAGGACACAACUCGUGUCACUUACUUCCAGUGGAGGAAGCACUUCCUGUCAAGCCAGCCAGACGGUGGGAAGCGAGAGAACUGUGUAGCCAUGUCUUCAGAUGACGGAGACUGGUGGGACACCUACUGUGAAAGACGCAUGUAUUAUCUGUGCGAGUUUGAUGCUUGAUACUCUCCUCAAUGGCUUUUUUUUUAUAUAUAUAUAUCAAGAGCAGCUAUUAACUGUUUUAUAAACAGUUGUUGCACAGGUAAAAUUAGGGCCAGUAAAUUUAAUGGUCCUAUGAAAUGGUUUUAUAAAUGCAAUUUUCUUUCCUGAUAACAUUGUUCCUAUUGAAACAGGAAGUUGGAGCAGGACUCUAUAAACGAUUAUUUUGCUUCCAGAAUAAAAAAUAGGGAUAAUUUACUCACCCCCAUGUCAUCCAAGAUCUUUCUUCAGUUGAAAAUAAAUUUAGGUUUUUGAGGAAAACAUGCAAGGAUUUUUCUCCAUAUAGUGCACUUCAUCGGGGACCAACGGGUUGAAGGUCCAAACAGUAGUUUCAGUGCAGCUUCGAAGGGCUCUACAUCAGUGGUUCUCAAACUGGGGUGACAGAGGGGGGUACGCAAACAAAAUGUUGAGGUUUCAUUGAAUUCUAACCCAAUUUGAAGUAACAUUAAAACCGAACACGUAUUUCUGUCAAGCAAAAUGCUGCUUCUGAUGUAAAAACAGGAAAAUGGGAGUGCCGUAAACGGUCAAAUACAGACAUCCAAUUAGCUUACCUCAUCUUCUGUAGUCAAAACUGAACACAACACAAGCAGCGUGCAUGCAAUUGGAUGGGCGCUGAAUACGUUGCUUUAGCAAAUCGAGCUGCUGUUCAAUGCAUCUUUAUUGUAGACCUUCACUAAAUAGCACGAAUAGCAAAUAUUGACAUGGACUGAGAUCGAUUUAAACUCUCUUCGAUACAGACACACUCGGUGCGUGUUAUUGUUUCAUGUUUAAGAUACGACUAAGAAUGCAAAUUUCAUGAAUAUCCAAACGAUGGCAAAUGUGCAAUUCAUUUUUUUAAACUGUUCAACAACAAAAAAAGAGGUAAUAUUAAGUGAAUAUUUUACAUUUCAAAUGUAGCCUACAUUUUAAACUGAAUAUUGUCAUGUUUGUUCUAUUUUGCAGCGGAAUAAUAGUUCCAACGAAAUCCGUAUCAUCCGCGUCUCCAAGCAACAUACAGCGGUAUUUCAUUUGUGAACAAAUCUGUGGCUUAGUAAGAUUUGGAGAGUCAGUGAUUAAUAACCCAUUCAUAGCUACAGCAUUUUGCUUCGUUACUGAAUGAAUGAUUGAAUGACGCGACGCCUGGCUCAUUAAGACAGCGACUUGCCGCCACCUAUUGGUGGUUUUAUUUUUAAAUCUACAAGUAUCACUUUGAUUUGCCAUCAUUUAUUACUUUAGUUAUUAUAUUAAUAAUACACUAAAAUGGAAUGUUAAGAAUACGACAUAAAACAUGACAUACAAUUAAUAAGGAUAGGAAACACUUGCCUCUAUAAAAGGUUAAAAUGCACCUGUAAAUCAAUUCUUUGUUCUUUAAUAUAAAAAGUGUGACUGCAGUCUAAGUUGAAUGUUAAAUGCCCCAGGGGAUAUGACACUGUAAAAAUAAGGCUCUUAUCUAGCGAAACGAACAAACAAUGUGACGUAGGCAGUACCGAAGUAGUACUCAACUCCAUCAAAAUUUUCCUCUCCGACUGAAAUAGUCCAACAUCGUUGCUUUAACUUUUUUUGUAAAAGGUGUUUGAUUUAGUCUUUGGGCAUUCACUUUAUAAAAACUGGAUCUUUCCACCUACAUCAAGCGUGACAUUUUCCAACAUGACAUGAACAUCUUGUUUGACAUGGGGUGAGUAAAUUAUCAGGAAAUAUUUAUUCUGAACUAAUCUUUUAACUCCCUGUCCCUUUAAAUCCCACAGCAAUUUCACUGGUUGAGACUCAUUUUAUUAUAGCUAUAAAUAAUUUGACCCUGUAUUCAUGAAAAUGUUAAUGCCUUUUGAAUUACAUAUUGCAUUCAUGAAUCAUGUUAUAUAGCAAAUGAAGUAGUUAGCCUACUAGCUCCAGAUAGCACAUUUGAACAGACUUUGAGGAAGGGCGAUAGGAUUCUCCUCUGGAUCGUAUAUUGUAGGGUGUAAGAGAAAUACUGUAUAUUUUAAAAAACAUAUAUCUGCUGAAAGUGAACAAACUUUACAAAAAAUACAACAUCCUAUAAUCUAGAUGGCUAAUAAAUGCCACAAAACUCCAAUAUUCAUGGGAUCUAAAGUCAGUGCUGGAAACAUUUGUGAUAACAAAGGUUUGAAGAUCAUGGACAAAUGAAAACAUACUGAAAUUUAAUAAAUUUAAUCUUUUUGAUGUUUAA